AUGGCUAGCCUGGUCGAAUGGUGCCUCUACAUCUGCUACAAGUACGGACGCUUCACCGGCGUCAUCAACUUUGAGUACGACAUGAAGGCGCGAAGGGCUCGGGCCACCAAGCGAACCACAGUGUGGGCUGCCGUUUCGCACUCCACCAUGUUCCUGAUGCUGCUGCUGCAAAUACUUAAGCGGCAAACCAUCGGUAGCAUGUGGGCAGGUGCCAACACCAUGACCGCCUACGUGUUCAUGGCGAUCGCCCUCGUCAGGAUGUGCUGCGUUUUCCUGGCCCUGGUCAGUCGCUGGUGUAAUCGCCAACGGUUCAUGGAGCUGUUCAACGCGUACAUGAAUCUGAGCCUGGUGCACCCGGAGAUAAUUCAGUACUGCCGACGGUCCAUCGUCAGCAAGUUCUUUACGGCCCUAAUGGCCGAAACCCUGCAGAUGGUGGUUGUCCUCUUGGUCCUGCGACGGAGGCUAACACUCACCAUGGCCGUGGGAAUCUGGUCCAUCAUGAGCUUAAUGGCCAUAAUCAAUGUGAUCGUCACUCAGUUUUUCAUCGCGUUGGCCCACAUCCGAGGUCGCUACUGCCUCCUAAACAAGGAGCUCCGGGCCGUGGUCAGCGAAGUGCAGUCUCUCGUUCCCAACCGAAAGGGAGUCUACAUGAUCAAGUGCUGCUACCUUGCUGAUCGGCUGGAGGAAAUAGCCCAAACCCAUUCCGAACUGCACGCCCUGGCGGAGGAGCUGUCCAAGACCUACCAAGUGCAAAUCCUCUGCAUGAUCGUUACCUACUACAUGACCAUGGUGGGAAACGUCUAUCUGCUCUUUAGCCUCAACAAGUAUGGGGCCCUGACGAAGCUCCUAAACAUCUACAUUGGAGGCUUGGGAGUAAUGUAUCUGGUCUUUUACUAUCUGGAUUGUUGGCUCAACGGCCUCAACGUGAUGUACUUGCUGGACGCCCAUGCGGAAAUGGUUCGGCUCCUCCAGCAGAGAACAAACUUCCAGCCUGGCCUGGAUCAGCGACUAGAAACUGUGUUUGAAAGCUUUACCCUAAACCUGGCCAGAAAUCCGUUCAAGCUGCGGGUUUUUGGAAUGUUUGAAAUGGACUACGCCUCUUCGUUUGCCCUGGGAGGCUCCAUGCUAACGCAUUCCAUACUCUUAAUUCAAUAUGAUAUAGAGAAUUCCUAA